GUGUUUUAUUCUUUUUCAAGGAUCUAAAACAACUGGUUUCCUUCGUGUGCGACCAGGCAGCUACGUAACGUCAGUGUCAUUAGUCAUCUUCAUCAACUCUUCAUCAGCAACAUGAACUGAUAUUUAUUAGUAGUUAUUCACACACCUCGUAGUUGCAGACAUGCGACCUUUUUAAGCGCGUUCAUGCAAAAACAAAUAGGCUGAAACAGCGUUUACAAGGUGCCCGGGGCUGCGCGUGCGCGUGUGUGGGCGGGGCUUCACCAUGUGAGGCACGAGGAGCGCUCGCGCGUCACAUUCCUCUUCAGUCUCGCGGAGGCGACGCGCUGCUGAGAAUCUGCGUUCAGAUUUAAACCGUUUGAAUACUUGAACUCAACGUACGUUUUGCUUCUUAAACUUUUCGUUGUCCUUUUUUUUUUUUACCGGAAGUCAUCGACGGGCUUCGGAUGCAGCCGGAGGCGGGAGCCCGUGGUCGUCCUGAGGGGGGGGCCCAGUGAUGCUGCCCGGUACCGUCCACUCGGCCUCGGCCCCCGUCAGCUUUCUGAGCGGAUACCUCAGCGGACGCCUCAACACGCCGCAGGAGGACGAUGAGACGAUGAGCACGCAGGAGCAGGAAGCCAGCGGCGUCCACGAGCCAAGCUCCGCCCCUCACCCCGACGCCCGGCGCCACCACCACGCCUCCGCCUCGCCGUUUGGCGGACCGAGGCCGGGCCGCGCGGAGGAGCUCCGCCUCUCUCCCCCGGGCUCCAGCUUCUGCUGUUAUCAGCCCCCCUGCUGCCUGCCCCCCGGGUACAGCCAGCCCACGCCGUUCCCCAGCCGGGACGGCGGCGCCUGGCUCCACCCGAGCUUCGCCAGCAGCUGGUCGGGUUACCCCGACAGCCUGCCGUCCUCCCCGGGCCGGAAAGACCCGUCCUGCCGCUCCGCCGACAGCAGCCUCUCGGGCUACAAGUUCGCGUCCCUCCCCAGCCGGCACAGCUGGGGCAGCCUGGAGCAGCCGCUCUCGCUGUGCUCCAACCCGCCAUCGGGCAACUUGCGGCACCACGCGCUGUCGCCGUACACGUGCUCGCCGCAGGGGGCGGCCUGCUGCGCGCAAUGUCCCGUAGACUCCUUUGGUGGGGCGUCGCCAUUCCCCGGGCACCCGUGGGCGCCGUACCACCCGGCUCACAGCCCGUACUACGCCUCUGCACGUCCUGGAGCUCGAUACAUCGGACACAGCGCUCCGGCCAAAGAGCGGCCGCCGCCUCACAGCACGCCGCUCUCUCUGGAGCAGAGGAAGGUUUUCGUCACCUACGAAGCGGACAACGACAAACACGUCAACGAGAUCAUCAACUUCGUCGCCCUGCUGCGACACAACGGCUUCGACACGCACAUCGAUAUUUUCGAGCAGCAGUUCAGGAGCAUCAGCAAGAUCGACUUCAUGGAGCGCUACCUGAGCGAGGUGAGAACCACAAUCGGGUCACUUGUUCUAGAAGCACUAGAGUCACCGCUCUGUUGUCCCCCCCCCCCCCCCCUCCGAAAAAGUACCUGA